AUGGUCGAGCUUCAGAGUCCCCAUUGGUUCCUCUCGCUGUUUCAAGAGGGCAGGGGAGACACGAAAGUUCCCUCAUCCUCGCCCCACAGAGGUCAAUUGAAUGCCAACUCGCGCUCAUCGUGUACCGCAUGCCGUGAUAUACCUAUGAUCUGUCUCCGCCAGGCCCAACGUCUUAUCGCCAAUAUCUCCACUCGCAAGACCGCCUGCUACAAGUUUCCCGCAAGCUGUUGGUCGGGGGAACUUAUGCCGCGCAAGCUCCCUCAUCCCAAACUCUCCGAAGCCUUGAACCCCGGCAUGCUGGCCGCGUACCAUGAGGUCAUAGCUGAGGUGUUACGAUUCUCUAUGAAGGUAUGUCAAACCGAAGCGGACAGGCCAAAAAUGACAAGUUACCGACGUCGCCCCUCGCAUCAGCACAUUGUCGCCCCUUGUCCAAUAUCCGCACGUCGAGACAGUUUGGCCCAGCAACCUGUUAAUUUUUUGGCUGGAAGUCGGGGAAUCAUCUUCGCGUCCCCCUCAUCUCGUUCCAAUUCACUUCAACGUCUUUUGGCCACCACUUACUCAUGCAACGUCGGCGUUAUUGCAAAUCCUUCUCGCAAGGCCGACCGGAAAUCAUCAUUUCACGCACCUCAUGGCCAAGGUUAUGAGGAACCUAUUCGACAGCGACAGUCCUCGCCCUCACAUCCUUCCAAUCCUCUAGUAUAUGAUGUCCGUUGUGGGGACGACGGAACCACCGCCAUCGCCCUUUCCCAAGUCUCGCGUUCAAUAAACACGUACUCCAGACCAUAUCGAUAUCAAAGCAUCGCGCUCACGAAUUGCGACCAAAUCACCGCGUUCGAAUCUACAAUAUCAUCGGUUCCCCCCGAGCUUAGACGCAUCAGGAACCUUUUUGUCCACUGUCCCGAUCCGAUGAAAUACGUCUACACGGCGGACACGUAUGCAGAGGCUGACACGGAUGAGGAGUCAUCGCAGAGCGAGUCGUCGCAGAAUGAGUCGUUGCAUAGAGAGUCGUCGCAGAACGAGUCGUCGCAGAAGCGGCUCACUGGCAAGAGACCCUACUUGGCAGGAGAGCUCUUCCGAGGCCUGGACGGACGCUGA